AUGAGUUCGGAAGCCAAACAACCGUCCUCAAAGAAGAAGGAGGGUUUUCUGCGAAAGCAAGCCAAAUCAAAGACAGACUUUGUUACAGAAGAGGAGUUACUAAAAAAGGAAUCAGUGACACCGGAUGAUGUACUCAGACUUCCUAAAUGCACAGAAAAAUAUCUGUGUCCCCCCGAGGCCAACAUCUAUGGCAUUGACUUCACAAGAUUUAAGCUGAGAGAUGUCGACUCCAACCAGGUCUUGUUUGAGGUUGCAAAACCACCUCCGUCCUACGAUGCUGAUAUAAUUGAACCGGAGGAAGAUCCAAACUCUGGUAGAUUUGUCCGUUACCAGUUUACACCACAAUUUUUACGGUUGAAGACAGUUGGGGCCACGGUGGAGUUUGUGGUCGGAGGCAAGCCAGUCAACAAGUUCCGCAUGAUCGAGAAACACUAUUUCCGAGACCGUAUACUCAAGUGCUUUGACUUUGAGUUUGGCUUCUGCAUCCCUCACAGUCGUAAUACGGUGGAACAUAUAUAUGAAUUUCCUAAACUCAGCGAGGACACCAUUGAGGAGAUGGUACAACACCCGUACGAGACCCGCUCUGACAGCUUUUAUUUUGUGGAGGACCGGCUGAUCAUGCACAACAAAGCGGACUAUGCCUACAACGGAGGCAUCUCCCCGUCCUAG